AGAUAACAGUACCGUGUAGCACACGGGAAGACGUCGGCUCCGCCACCGCUCCGCUAGCUUCGCAAGGCGGGUGCUGCCGCCUCACAACACCGUGCAGUACGCCCAGCAGACCGAAAGCUUUCGAUGUCUGAUACGCUUGCUGGGUUUGCACUUCCAACAUGUUAUCGAAUGUGUGAAAUCGGAACUCCUUGCGACAUUAAACGCGACGCCAGCAGCAUCGUUACUGCGAUGCCUACGAUCCAUGUGCAGCAGUCCUUUAGUUGCUGCUUCUUCUGUGUGUGGCAGUUGAUUGACGUGCGAAGCUAGGCUCGCGAUCCCCCACGUAGAGCCUGAAACUCGGCCCGAGUGGCUUCUUGCGCACGCUUGAACCCUGCACAACCCUUUCCGAACAGUAGUUGCGGAGAGAGCCAGCGCAUGCGGCAGUAGGGGGAAACCGUAAACCGCGCUUGUCCGUGUGUGUGUGUGUGUCCGUGUCGUCUCCCGUAUCUCCGCGGCGCCGUUAUUCUAGCGUGCGGCGAUGUCGGGACAGGCGUGUUCGUAUCAUGUAACCCUUAUCGCGCAAUUCCUCCAGCUCGAAUUGAUGCUGCCUCGACGAGAGUGAGGCCAACUCUUGGACAGGUGUGCUUCUCCUCGACUCUAGCGUCGAUUUAUCGCAGAACGAGUGCGCGCGCCGCCGCUGCUAGUGGCGUCCCGUACGUACGAUGAGUUCGCGGCUGACGCCGCCGAAUCUCCGAAGCUGGCAAAAAAAGCCGCCUCUGCUAGCGCCUGUAAUGUAAACAACGCGCUGUUCUGGCAAUCGUGUGAAAUGACCCGUUUCUUUGUGACUUUGUUACUCGAGCCGACUCACUUUUUACCUACAGGCGUGCCACGCUCGGCUCCGGGCCUGCGUUGCUUGACACCGAUCCGUCCGUUGGCUUCUUUCCCAGUCGUUUUGCAAAACUGCUGUGGAACAGAAAAUUUUGUCUUUACGGUGAGGAGUACCGAAAAUGGCCGGCGUGGAUCGUUCGACCGCGUAUCUUGAUCACACUCGCAGCUUAAUCUAAUCGGUAGAAGGUUUACACAUAGCCGCGUCGGGUCUCGAAGCCACCGAUAUCCGUUGUUGCGCUUGAGCAGCCGAUGAGCUACCACAUCCAUAAGAAGAGCCACAAACGGCUGGUGGCCUGACCCUGCCUCCCUCCCAGGGUCAGUAGCAGUGGCGGAAGAUGGCUGACAAGAUGGAUGACAAACCACCGGCACCCCCUGUUCGGCUCACCAGCGCCAGCACGGUGCGAGGCGCAAGUGUCACGCCUGUGCGGGACUCCUCCUCGGUGCCCGUGGACAUGCGGCCGCUACCCAAGGAGCCCGAGCUCGAGAAGAAGGGCAAACUCAAGCCUUCCAAAGGUGCCAAGAAAGAGCGCAAGGAGCUUGAGAAGCCCAUCAUUUCACCACCGACCAACUUUGAGCACACAGUGCACGUGGGCUUUGACGCCGUAACGGGCGAAUUCACAGGCAUGCCGGACUCGUGGGCACGGCUGCUGCAGAACUCCAACAUCACCAAGCUGGAGCAAAAGAAGAACCCGCAGGCAGUGCUGGAUGUGCUCAACUGGUACGAUGCCUCCACCAAGGACAAGGGGGCCUCCAAGUACAUGACCAUGAACCGGACGCUCGCCGAGCUUGUAGAGCUGUGGCAGAUCUCACAUCCUUCUCCCCGGCCAAGCUACUUGGGAGACAAGUAUGCUGUUGCAACGACGGUGAUCGGAUCAUCCACCUCGGAGGACAGCAUAUCUGAGCCAGAGAAUGCGCCCAAGUUUUUGUCACCCCACGAGCCCAGGAGGAAUGUCUCUGAGAAAAUUGUCUAUAAGUCCCAGCAAGAACCCUCUUCACCUGAGGAAGAAGAUGAUGAGCCAGGCCCACCGCCCCCUAUCGCCACACGGCCAGACAAGACCAAGUCCAUUUACACGAAGCCCAUCGAGGAGGAGAACAAGAAUGGAGCGGCGUUUGGCUACGACGUACGCGACAUUGCCAACAACAACAGCACGGCUGCUGCGCCGGGUGCGGUGACACGACCCCGCAAGAAGAAGAUGACCGACGACGAGAUUAUGGAGAAGCUGCGCAGCAUCGUGUCUGUAGGCGACCCCAACCGCAAAUACACCAAGAUGGAGAAAAUCGGGCAGGGCGCCUCAGGCACGGUGUUCACGGCAAUCGAGACGUCGACAGGUGCGGAAGUGGCCAUCAAGCAGAUGAACCUGUCGCAGCAGCCAAAGAAGGAGCUCAUCAUCAACGAGAUCCUGGUGAUGCGCGAGAACAAGCACCCGAACGUGGUCAACUAUCUAGACAGCUAUCUGGUGGGCGACGGUGAACUCUGGGUCGUCAUGGAGUACCUGGCGGGGGGAUCGCUGACGGACGUCGUCACCGAGACGUGCAUGGAUGAGGGCCAGAUUGCAGCCGUCUGCCGCGAGGUGCUGCAAGCACUCGAGUUCCUGCACCGCAAUCACGUCAUUCACCGCGACAUCAAGAGCGACAACAUCCUACUUGGCAUGGACGGCAGUGUCAAGCUGACGGACUUUGGGUUCUGCGCCCAGAUCUCGCCGGAGCAGAGCAAGCGCACCACGAUGGUGGGCACGCCAUACUGGAUGGCUCCCGAGGUGGUGACACGCAAACAGUAUGGCCCUAAGGUGGAUGUCUGGUCGCUGGGGGUCAUGGCCAUCGAGAUGGUUGAAGGGGAGCCCCCCUAUCUCAAUGAGAACCCCCUGCGCGCCCUCUACCUCAUCGCCACCAAUGGCAAGCCCGAGAUCAAGGAGCGUGAGAAGCUCAGCGCCGUCUUCCAGGACAUGCUUGAUCGCUGCCUUGAGGUCGACGUCGACCGACGAUACUCAGCUGCUGAGCUGCUCAAGCACCCGUUUCUGAAGCUAGCACGGCCACUCACCAGCCUGCACCCGCUCAUUGUCGCUGCCAAGGAGGCAGCCAAGAGCCACUGAGCGCCCGGCACUGUAGACCCAAGCAGGUUUCCCUGCCGUUCUGGUUCUGCCUUCUGCUGCACGGCCGAGCUAUCUUGAGACAGUGCCCUGCCUUUCCACAAGAAGGCCAUGCAGCUGCUUUGACCCCCCAGAAAGCAGGGCCAAGAUUGGGCCUGCACUCGUUACCUUGGAUAGUGCAGUUUCAGGCCGUGUGUCAGAAUGCCUUCGGAAUCAGGAUCUGGCAUGCUGGCAGAGCAAGUGUCAUCCGCAAGACUGUGGUGGUGAUGAUGAUUAGUUUCCUGCGCUGGUGUUCAAAAGCCGAUGCGUUCGCCCGGUCGCUCCGACUGGUCAGUGCUGAAGUCACUUUUCAGUGAAGCUUCACCAGCAGUGAUAUAACUGGUAGGUGUGCACCAGAACCAGUAGUGCAGGCACCUGCCACCUGACGCAAUGAUGGUGAUCUAUUUUUUUUUUUUUUUUUUUUUUUUUUUGUCGGUGUCGGGAAAGCUUUCUGCUGCAACCUGCCGCUGCAGUGAAGAAUACUAGUGCAAAAUGGCACUUUCAUUGUAUGCCCUGCAGAUGCCUUCUUGAGGUUUCUUCUUUUUCUGUGCAGAGCUGUAUUUACUGAUCACACUUGCUCUGUGUAUGGUCUGAUAGACAGAGGCACACGCAUUCUCGGGCUGAGCUCAACCUCCUGCUGUCAGCUUCGACGUACGCAACGAUGCCUUGUGAACUUCACUCCAAAGCCAAGCUUGGAAAAUGUUUACAUUGCUGCUUAAGGUACAGCAUGCGGUGACCGUGGGCCACUCGGCAGCCUUGCAUGCAACAUGUUGCAAGAAAGAUCUCAAGCAAGAGGGAUUGGGCGAGCCUGUGCAAAGUGCUGGUGCUCUUGUGUCCGGAGCACUCGCUGUGUUUUGGCUGCAAAAUGAGCUUUACGGCAAAGUCUGUGGAAGGAAAAACUUAAGCAUUGACUGCUACAUUGCAUUUACAAACAAGUGCAAGUUGUCAAAACCAAGCACAUCGGAAUCACAUGCGGCAACACAUGCAACAUAGUUUUUUAAAGCUUAAGCAUUGUGAGUGGUCAGGGGUAGGGCUUUCUGAGUGGUACACAUUUAGUGCACUUUCAAAUGCUUUUCGUCACUUUGGGUGGACUUGGACCACACAACGGUAAUCAUUUCUGCUCUCGCAGUGAUAAUUCCUUCCUUCUUAACGGUGUUUGCCAAGUACUUUCUUUUCACGAAUGAUACUCAACACUUGCGAAUGGUUGUGUGUAUGAGCAUUCAUGACAAAUAAGCUACAGUACCAUAGCAUCAAAAGCGUAAGCAGCUAAAUUAUAUGAAAGGAUACAUUCUAAAAUCUGUAUAAAUUUUUUAAGGCGGUGUGCACGACAAAACAAGGCUGUGUUUCACGGAGUUCUAUGUGCUGCAUCAAAUGACAGCAAGGCAAAAUGCAGCUCUAUGUGGCCAACAGCUUUUGCAUUGCUCAUAGAACAUGGCAGACGUUACUCCCCGAUGCGUGCUACUGGUUCACUCAAGAAAUUUAUUCUCAAUUUACCCCUGUCACAGUGCAGUGAACUUUAGGGAAGCUUUAACAAAAAAAGAAAUUGUUUUUAUGCGUAUAAUCGUUUAGCCAGGAUUUAUUACAAAAGACAUGUCAGUUAAGACAAAAACAUGAACAUAGAGAGGUGUAUUGCAAUUCCCAUUUAUUCAUUUGCAAACAGGCUUUGCUGUAUAUUCCUGCACUUGCACUGUGCUCCAUGUCAGUGACACGAGGAAAGUAGUCUUUUAUAGUAGAUAAAGGUGAUUUGAGGUGAGUGACAGGGACACUAUGAUCUUCCAAGCAAGGGUUGUAAAUCUGUAUGACCAGGCACUCCGUAAAUUUCAGCAUUUAUUUCUUUCCCACAUUACGGCAUCCUUUUUUUUUUUUCGUUCGAACAAAUUACAUGCACGCAGAAUGAGCUCCUCAUGUUCUGUGUGAUAUCUCUUGGUUGUAGAGAACAAGGCAGUCACGGUAUGUGGUUGUUACUUUGAAGUGGCAUUACGGUGGCUGAAGGACUAACCAAUUAAAAUGCACGCAUAUUAAAAGCUAGCCAGAGGAGAGAAGUUUGACAGCAUCCAGUCAGUUCAGCGUAGCAUUAGCCAAGUACUGGUGGCUGUACUGUUUGGGCACAUACCUUUUAAAUUUUUCUUCGAUGUAAUCAUUUGCAUCCAGAUGUCUGAAAAUUGGCUCUGUCACUUGUCUUGGUGGCUGCAUCUUCCAGGAUCAGUGUCAUCGCUGAGUGUGGAGACUCAUUGUCAAGGGAAGUUGUUUCACGUGACCGAAGUGUUGAUGUUGUAAGCGUGCAGAUGUGUCUGUAUAGUAGGUGUGGUAGACUCCCUUUAAGACGAACUUUGUGCAGCCGACUUCUGCAGUAUGCUCGACUAGGCUUUCAGUGCACUCAUGCGGAGACAAACUUCUGAUAAGAUUGAUCACUUUCAGGGAUAUCUCGUUUAGUGUGCAUUGAUGGGCUAAACCAAUGGAAAUGUAGGCACGUUGUGAAGUGAAUACCAUGCCUCCUAUCAGAAUGAUUUUCACUUUGUGUAGCUCUUAAGUUGUCGCUUCAGUGAAGUGUCGAGCUGGACAUUACGUCAUGUAUUCCUGAGAGUGGUACGUCAGCAGUGCGGCCCCAGAUUUUCGAAGUGUCUUUAUGUUUGUUUUAAUGGGAGUCUAUAAUGUGUCUGUGGUCCUAGAUCAAGUUGGCUUGUCAACGUUCAGUCCGUGGAUGCAGGACCAAUACUGUAUGCUAUUGUGCAUCAGUGUGCGAGUUGUUGUUCUUUUUGCCAUGAAAAACGGGUUUAUAGUGGGCUUUAUGGAUACACUGUGAUUGCUGUCAUGUCUCUCUUCAGCAUUUGAAUGGUUUUUUUAAAUAAGCGCAGUAAGAGCUUGCAACCCUAUGAAGUGCGGCUUCUAGGGUGCACUACGAUUUGCUAACGCUGUUGUAGGCUGAAUAGGAUGAUACGAGAGUGCUUGUGAAUUGAAUUUUCCCAUUUUCAUUGUCAUGAUGCAGUAAUGCCCCUGUCACUUAAGAAAAUUCAUUGUCAUUUGUAGUUAAGCCCGUUCAUCAAAUCACAUUGGGCUAAAAAAAAAAAUUGCACAAGGCAAUGAUGACGAAGUGUCAAUGAAUAGAAUACACAAAAAGGUCAAAGUAUGUGUGUAAAAUAUUCUCAACAAUGCAUGCUUUUAUUUACAAUAAUUUUACUGUUUUAUGGUAAUAAUCUGAACUUUCAUGCCAUGCUUACACAAAUAAUCAAAUGAUAAUUAUCUAUGCCGAAUUGAGACAGCACUCCACAACCAGGUAUGAAUGCAACAAGUGUUCAACAAACAUGACUGAUAGGGUGGAGUACGAUGAAUAUGCAGCAGCAUACAGCGGCAGGUGGAAUGCUUAGUGAUCUUGUAUUCCACAAAGCUAACUGCUUAGAAAUAUAGAAAAAAAUAUUCUAUGUAUGUUGUUUCUUGUUAUUCUUUUGUCUUUUCCGAUACUCUUUAUUGAGGUCUCUAAAGCACAUUCGUAUGAGUUCUUUGAACUCAUUUGGUUCUGAAUAUAAAUUUAAUUUAACAAAAUUAAAUAUCCACUUGUAUAGUGGAAUUUAACACAAAUGACAUUAAAUUUUCCCUUGUCACAGGGGAGCUGUAACUCUGCGGAAUAAGACACAGUCCUUGACAGUGGAUCAGCCGAUGAUUCAAACAACGAGUGUCCCCGAUAACGUGCCACUAUGUGUUUCGUUCAUUCAGGCACACCUUGUAGGUGUGUCAGUCUGCAUGAACUGUUCUGGUUUCAGCUGCCGUAGCGAAGCUGCUGACUUGAGCCGUUUGAGAGCUACUGCUUUGUAGGUGGAGUGUGAAUGCGGACGAAAGUGGCAGAGACGUGAGAAGUGACAUAUGCACAGCAGUUUCAUCCGCUGCCUAUGUCGAGAGACAAGUGCAAAUGGAGACGGUAUAACUUGUAUUUUCAAUGUUGUUGGCACUUUACAACUGCCGCUAGUGUAUAAGGUGAAGAAAAAGGCGUCGGUUUUUCACUACUCUUUAUCCUGUGUGCCCAGGAGAUUGACAAGUGCUCUGUGCCUGUGCAACUCGGGAUUAGCUGCCUCUCAUUAUUGUGUCGUCAUUGGAAGCACACCCCAAGCUCACUUGCCUUUUGGUUUCUGGUACCGGCAAGGUUAACUUGUCUAGUUGCACUGGAGCGUAAGUCUGCAAGUCUUCUGAACAUUGAGGCACCUCUUUUCUGUGGACUUAGUGUAGAUGUGCUCUAGACAUACCAGCGUUCCGCUAGGAUGAUGCUGGUUUUGUGGCAGCUCUAUUCUUCUAAGCAGCUCGACUCUUAUGGCUGUUUGCCAUCUUGCGCGUCUAUUGGGGGUUCUGCUGACAACUCAAGCCUUUUCCUCGCAUGCCCAUGGGUGCUUUAGGCCGGCAGAACACUUCGAUUUCAUUUUGCUCUUGGCAGCUUUCCUCGUGACAGUGCAGGUUUUUCACUUUUCGGGCAGCUUUGAAAACGUUGAAGGUUUUCGUUGGCUUUAAUAUUCUCAAGGGGGCCACUGUGUGACAGAAGCGUAGCAUGCAAGUCGCUGCUUGGCAGUCAAAGGGUUGUUGCAUGUCCUUGAAAUAAUAAUGUAAAAAAAAAAUGGACGCCUACGGACUUGUACCGCUUCCUUCAGAAAUGAGAAUGCAGCAGUGUUUUGUCGGCAUUGCACGCAUAUAGCUGGAAUAUGCUGCAUAGAGUACUUCAUCUCCCAGAUGGGUUUUUAGCUUUCCAAUUUCCUUGAGCAACGGUUUCGUUUAGUUGUGUUCACGAUGCUGCAUCAAGCUGUGCCUUUUGCAGUUUGUUCAGUCUUAUAGAGAGCAUGUGGCGCUAUUUACUUGUCCUACUGCUUUUCUGUCUAGUAUUUAUCUUGCAGACGUAUGAGUAUAUUUAUGCUAUUUUAUUAAUUAGCCCUUCCCUACCUGCACAGCUUUGUUAAACAAACUAGCUGGGUGUGAAAAUGGGAAAAUAGUUGCCUGUAGGGGCAGUCCCACCAGGCAGUGUCUUAGUCGAAUAUGCAAGUGGUACCAAAGAUCAAGAAGAGAUGAGGAGAUCGGUGACUUAGCACGCAGUUCGCUUAUUCAUAAUUUUGGCUGCAGCAUUGUCUUUGUCAUUUGGUUCUUAAAUCAUUUGCAAUAUUUCUUUAACACACUACUAAUGCUGGAGAAAAGAGUAGAAGUGACCGAAAUAUUAACAAUUGGUUGCCGGGCUCUGAGAAGAGUUGGUAAAAGUAUUGGUUGGGGCUUAUUUGCGAGAUUGUGGCUAUAGUCCGGUUAUGUGUUGCAGUCUGAAGCAGUGUAGGCGAGACUCGUUUCCUUUGUCUUUCUGCCGAAGACCCGCUUCUUGAACUUGCACCAAAGGUUUGAACAAUCAGAUUUUAGCAGCCCAGACACUUGAAAAAUGUUUCGGUCACAUUAACAUGUUUGUGCAAUAUCAGCGAAUGUCAUGUUUUCACCGCUUUUAUUUUUCCUGCAGAAUUUUUGGAGAAUGUCAUGUUGUGUAUGAAAUGAACAAUGAGAUACAUAGUGGAAGUGAGUGUCACGGUGGCGCCCUUGGGCUGAUCUAGUUUUAGUAUUUGCCACUUGUGGAUGCUGUGGAAUGGUAGCUUCUAUAUUUUUGCACAUUUUAUUGCACUUUAGUCCUCUUCUUAAACCUAUUAUGUUUUGUAUUGUAUUGCGCUCUUGCUAUCCUGUUAUUAUUUUUGUUUUAUUAUUUUUUUCAUUUGCAUUUGUGCUUUCUGAUGAAAUGUAGUCGCACUUUUUAUAGUUGCAUUUGAAGAGCUUUUUCUUUCUUUUUACUUGCCGACUGAAACAACUUUGGCAUUUGUGAUUUGUGGUUCAGUGUUGCCGUUGGCCUCUUUUAUCAUUGCUUCAGAAGUGUGAAGUUGUGUAUCUUGUUCUUUAGAUGGUGGAUUGUUUUAAGUAUUCUUGUGCACAUUCGUUGAACAUUGACCAUUGGGAUAAGAAAGAAUGCAGUGCUCCAUGAUGACGAUUUGAUAGGCGAACUUUUAGUGGGUUGUUCGUGCUUAUGAGAACUGUUGCCUCCUGCUUAAAAAAAAAAAAAAAAAUAUUGCCUGGUGGUAUUAUAUCUAUGCGCAGUUAGCCAUUUACAUUCUUUGGUGUUUUUUCUGGAUGGGUCUUAAGAGCUUUUGCAUAAUGGCAGACUGUUUUAUUUUUGUUUCUUCCUCAUUCCCCACCCCCAUUUUGUGUCUUGCAUUUAAUUCUUAACUUUUGUAAGCUGACAUCACCUAGCUUACUGCUUUCCCAUGCAGCCUUACAACCUUUUUGUACAGAUAUUUUCUAAAAAAAGAAUGAUGCAGUACAUAGGGUCUUACCUCUUAUAUUAUUGCAUGUAGUCAAGCAGCUAUGUUACUGAUUGUGCCUAUUGAAGCGCAGAAUUUUUUUCUUGUUCUGGUGGAAUAUUCAUUCAACUAACUGUCGACUGAUCGGCAGUAUAAGAAGUUAUGGCUUAAUCACAGUGAACAUGGUCUAUGUUGUGGCUUACAUCUGAGGCAGCAAAAAACAUUUUUUUAUGAGAAAAAAUUACAGUUAAAGAAAAAAGAGGUAAAUUCUAUACCUGUGUGUGAAAAUUGUUUGAAGUUUUAUUUAUACCUGUCCUGUCCAAAGAAUUGGGGAAGUGUAUUGCAAGAUACUGGCCUCAUUUGCACGCAUACUUUAUGCAUUUCAAACAGUUGUAAUUAACAGUAUACUUCAAGUUUUACCCAUACUCUUUACAAAUGGUUAAUAACAGAACAAGUCACUGUUGUACUCAUUGCACCUAGGGGAAAAAAAACCUAUGUUGUCUAUUAAAUGAUUUGCAUACUUGCUGCUAGGGCAAAGCACCACAGCAAAUUGCCCUUCAUUUUCUUACUUUCAAGAAUCGUCUAACCCUUUCGUGAUCACUGAAAUUUGAAUUCAAUAGGGCCAUAGCAUGGCAUAAAAGUUUUUAAUGUUUAAAGUUCUUUAAUGAUUGCUGACAUGGAGUGUUUGCAUGUACAUAGGUUGUGUUGAGGUAGCUGUUUUUGCUUCGGCUGACUUAUGGCUUCUGGACAAACAACCCUCUCAAUUUGAUGUGCAGCUGGUGGAGUUUCUCAGCAGUGAUGUUAAUUGUGUGGGGCUUUACCAUUGGGUGUACUUCUUGGCUGCGUUUCUUGCAUACACCAACCUUGUGUUAGCUGUGAGUCAUGAAUGAGAUGUAAAUAUAUUGGUGCCCUAUGAUGGCUCCCUUUUUUUUCUCUACAGUAGUAUUGUGUUGGAGUCUGGUUUUUUCUUCACAUUUUUACGUUUCAGUGAGCCUUGCUUUUUACCUCAUGGAAGUCUUGGAUGCAUGUGUAACGCAGAGCAAAAUGGUUAGCUUGGUAAUUGGACACACAUGUACAUACACACACACACACACAAAAAAAUUUUGCAUUAUCUUUAUGCAGGCACAUUUGAAGCAAGGCUGCUUUGGCACCAUGUCACUCUGGUGCCUGUACUGGCAUGCAUGUCUGUGCUGGCGUACCUUUGUAGCAUAUUCAGACGCUACAGCCGUGUGACUACAGAGCAUGGCAUUCCUAUUGUAUUGAAAGACAGAUUUGCUGAAGAGGUUAUGUAACUGCCGUGACUGUUUCAUGAAGUUUUUUUUUUUUUUUUAAUGUCGUGGAGGGAAGUGGAACUACCUGUAGUGUAGUUGCUUGCGAGCAUUAUUAUCUGACUAGUGCGUUUUUUGUUUUCCCAUAAAAAUUGCCAGAGUAUUUGGCUUAACAACGAAUGAAGGCAUGACUGCAAGCCAUUUAAAUUUGGUCUGCAGUUUUCACUUUUGAUCUGAGCUGUGUCAAAGUUGUCAAAGGUAAGCAUUCGGCAGAGACUGCCUGGUUGGCUCAACUGACUGAAUCAAAGCUCAUAAAGUGCCAACCAAAAUUUAUGGAAACCUGUUGUUUCAGAGCCUCUGUGGCUCCUUCUUCAGGAGUCCCUGAAGAAGGAGCUGAACUGGCUCUGAAAUGUUCGGUUUGAAUGAAUUUUGGUUGGAGGUUGGAGCUUUCAUUCUGCAACUGUAUUGUACUACAGUUUAUGGUUGCAUCUUUGCUUCUUGUUUCGAAUGAAGAAAUUACUAAUCUGCUCUGACGUAAGGCUUUUCAAGUCAAGCCACCUUGCAUAGUCCAAUUUGUGUAAUUGCAAGCAUUGCUGAUAGGUAGCUUUCAAUGAGUUACUGCUUGCUCUUGGCCUGCAAAAUGUAUCAGAAGAGCAAGUCCUCAGAAGACUGGUUUCGGGGCAAACACAGGUCAGCAUUGCUUUUACCUUGAGGCAGUGCACGAUAUGUAACUGCAGUAUAGCGGUCUGAUAUGGUAGUAUGCCCUGUGUGAAAAGGAACACCUUUAAAUGUACACAGACCUAAAGUGUUAGCAUUGUCUCACUAUAAGUGUAGCAUAUGAUUGAGUUAUGCUACAGUCUAAACAGACCUUGAAGAGAGGGCCUUCAAAGCAGAGAAUGUGCAAGUUAGUUGAUUCUUCAUAACAAAGGUAAAAAAACAAAAUGUUCAUUAUAUACGAGUUGAGAGCAUUGCAGUCCAACUUGAACUAAAGGUGAAGUUCUCUACUGAGCAAUCAAUGUUGAAGCAUUUGUAGACAUCAUUUCACUCUCAGCAGGCUUCUUCUAAAUGCAGUAUUGCACGAGUGUGUUCUUUACCGAGGGCACAGUCAUGUCAGCUUGUGCAACUGGUUUAUCAGUUCUGGCCAUCUUUUACUGUGAAGGUACGGGUUGUUUGGUUCUGGCAGUGUUAUCUUCCUAGCUGAAUUUUCAUAAAUAUUGGUGUUCAGUUAGCACAGCUUAUGGUGAUUACGACAACUAUCUUUACCAGAACUGACAUGUGACAAAACACAACACCAAGGUUGCCACUUCUUUCAUUGCGGCUUAUAAAACCACUUUUGGUGUAUAAGUAAGCUCCAAGGUUGGCUUCAGCACUAGGUAGUGACAUCAGCUUAGGUGUUGGCAUCACUUUUUUUCACAUUUCUGACUGAUGCAGCCAAGACUAAUAGAUAGCUCCUUUUGUCAAACCUAAAGCUUCCGAGUCGGUUUGUAGCAUGCUGUUUUAGCUGUAAGCACUCUUUGUGUGCUCCUAAAACCAUAUCAUGCCUCAACACCCAACAGUACUGAAAGUGGAGUGCACAUGCAUUUUGCUGUCACAUUUUGUUGUCACAUUUCUCAAGUUGCUGGUUGCCAUUUCCAUGAUGGCUAAUAGCUGAGGCCAGCAUUACUGGUUUAUACUACUGACUGCAACAUACUGUCGAUAUUGGCCGAAGGUGCAUACUCUGUCACAGUAGGCCUAUCGCGCUGUUUAUCACUUGUGCCCAUUCUUAUUUCAUUUGUCUUUCUUCAUGAUGUUGCCUUAGUGGCUUGGAAGUGAACCUUCUAUAGUUCCAGUGCGAUCCACCAGUUACUGCACUAGUGGCUGCGUAUCACUUGUGUCACUUACAUGGAAGACUUGGUAGUUCUUCAUGUAUGGCGCUUGCCUAAGGCCUUGGCACCAAGCACAGUGUGAUUAACUUUCUGCUGUCUGGUCGCUGAUGCUGUCAUCGAGGGGGGGGUGUGGCGAUUCAGCAAAGGCCCAAGGAUGUGAGAGUACGCUGUGGUUUUGCUCCCACAACUUCUCUGUCUGAGUGAGCUUGAAGACACUGUGAGAAUCAAGAAAGUGUAUGUGUCUCUUGGGAUGGGCAUGUGGGUGCAUGCCUUUUGCACGCUGUGUGCAGUUGACUGCUGGCAAUGCAAAUGUUGCCGUGUGCAUGUGCCGUGACCGGGUCAUACAACUCGCUACACUCUUGUAGCACUAUGCGCUGUUGCUCCUCUGUUGUCAACCACUAUGCUAGUACCACUGAUACCGCUGCAAAGUGUCGCACACACUGUGUCAUCUGCUGCAGUGCUGUCGUCACCACUGCCCUAUGAAUUGUGUGGUGUGUGGCGCUGGAACGAUCCAUUUGACCUCUAGCUACACCUGGGACUGGCUUUCUCUGAUAAGUGUGUGCGCGUGUUUGCGUGUGCACAAGUGCUAGUUUGCAUGUGACUUUUCACUUUAGAGGUAAUGAACAACAAGGAUGCAAUAACGCUGGGUGAAUAAAGAAUUUUAUAGGAGGUGCGA